GGACCUGUCCCCAGAGUCUGCAGCUCGCGCUUUGUUUGUUUGGGAAACAAACAUAACAGCGAGCGGGGGAAGCUGAGCGUGCAAAGCGCCCCUGCUGGCCCUGUCAACCUGGGGUUCCUGGGGAAGCUCUUCCCAGGAGUGACCUGCGCCACCCCACAGACACGCCCUGGGCGCUGUCCCAGGAGAAGGGAAAGGGGAGAAGGGCCCGCAGCAGCGGCGGCAGGAGGAGGAGGAGGGGGAGGGAGGAAGUGAACUACGGGGCAGGUGACACCGAGUUAGGUUCCCCAUCCCCAGUGUGCUUGGCAGCUUCCUUCUCGCCUGCUGCCCACGGAGGCACGGCUGUGGAAGAAGAUAUAAAGGAGACAGAGACUCUAUAAAUACCCAGCGCGAGAGCGCGCGCCCCAGAGCCUUGCGAGCCCCGGCGAGGGACGGACAGCCACCGGCGCAGCGCUCAGCCUUAGCAAGCAGCGACCAUGCACGUGAAUGGCAAGGUGGCUCUGGUGACUGGCGCGGCGCAGGGCAUAGGCAGAGCCUUUGUGCAGGCACUGCUGGAGGAGGGCGCGAAGGUGGCUCUUGUGGAUCGGAACCUCGAAGCCGGUGAGGAGAGCAAAGCUGCCCUGGAUGAGCAGUUUGAAGCUCAGAGGACUCUUUUCAUUCAGUGCGAUGUUACAGAUCAGGAGCAACUGCAAGGUGCUUUUAAAAAAACAAUUGAACGUUUUGGAAGGCUGGAUGUUGUGGUUAAUAAUGCUGGAGUGAAUAAUGAAAAGGACUGGGAAAGCACUAUACAAAUUAAUUUGACUUCUGUGAUCAGAGGAACAUACAUUGGUCUGGAAUACAUGAGAAAAGGAAAUGGAGGGGUAAUUAUUAAUAUAUCAUCUCUGGCAGGACUCAUGCCUGCUGCACACCAACCAGUGUACUGUGCUACAAAGCAUGGCAUAAUUGGAUUCACCCGGUCUAUAGCUAUGGCGGCUCAAAUGGGAAAUUAUGGCGUGCGACUAAAUACAAUUUGUCCAGGUUUUGUUAACACACCAAUUCUUCAGUCUAUUGAUAAAGAAGAGAAUAUGGGACAAUAUUAUGAAUACAAGGAUGAGAUCAAAGAUAUGAUGAAGUUCUAUGGUGUUAUGGACCCAUCGCUAAUUGCCAAAGGUCUGUUAAUGAUCAUUGAAGAUGAUGCUUUAAAUGGAGAGGUUAUGAAGAUUACAGCAUCCAAGGGGAUUCAUUUUCAAGAAUAUAGUGCACUUCCUUUUCAAUCAGGAAGGCUAUAAAUAUUAUUCUGUUAUCUUGUCUCUAAAUUAAUGUAAAAAUGUGUUUUAAACAAUUUUUUUAAAAGACAAAUGUUGUUUGUGUCCAAAGAAUGACAUGAUUUGAACUCUUUAAUGCAAUAAUGUACAGCUGUGUAGUAAUAUGAUUUCUUACUUUGAUUUUAAAAGCUACUGUUAAUAUUCUUUAUUUGGUAGAAUAAGUAUAUUGCUCAAAAGAUAUUCAGUGAUGCAGUAAUAAGGGUCAGAUUCUGCCCUUUGGUAAUUAUAUGCUUGUGGUAGGCUGUUCCCCUCCUGACCUAGUGUGGCACUCCAGGCACCCCUUGCUUCAGUUGCCCUUCUGUCAGGACUCUUAGGAGCGUCACACAGCUCAGAAGGGCAUAAGACAAAAUUCCCCUACUGGGAUUCUACUUUAUUAAAUACAAAUAAACUUGAAAUAGAAAAUCUCCCCUGGGCUUCAGAAAUCACACAGCCCUCCUCCUUGGGGCUUGUUCCCUCUCAGUCCUGGCCUCUCUGGCCUGUAGUCUCUCCCACUGGGUUCAGGGUUGCACAGCCCUCUUCCUUGGGGCCUAUGUUUUUCUGGGAGCUUUCCCCCUCCUCCGACACCUUCUCUUUGUGACCACCAUUGUGCAAUUGAGCCCUGAUGACCUUUUAGGGCCCAGGUGCUGGUUAUUCAAUUAACUGCCUAGACAAGCCAUUACAUAUUGAUGUAAAAACAUUUACCAAGAAUAUAUUCUCACUUUGACUUCCAAUUCUUUUAAAACUUAAAAGAAUUGAUGAAUGAACAGUAAAUGGCUAAAUAUUUAGCAGCAAGGGGUAACUAUAGGACAUCUGAUGAGAAUAAGGGUGCACUGCUGGCUCACAUGGAUACUUCCAAAAUGGAAGAACAGUACUUGCACAUCUUCCAGACAUUUUGCACCUUCACUUGAGCAAAAUGGCCAUUAACUUCACUGCAAGGUUGGACAAAUUGAGAGCAUGAUCAGACCUUUAUUAUAUAUUUAAUUUGUGUAAUGAAUUGUGGAUGAAGAUAAUACUGUUAACUAUGAUAGGAGCAAUUCAUUAAGAUACUGUCUGACUAUGGAACAGACGUUUUUAGGCAAACUGGGCAAAUUUACUAAUAGUGUAAACUAGCACCACUCGAUUCUCUUUAAUGAGUUGUGCCUGUCUACAAAUUGGGCUCACAAUCCUCAAAUUUGAUUGUACUUUGCUAUUGGCUGGUAGCCAGAGAUGUCUUGUAGAUCUAUUUACAAUAGUUUUAGGUUCUUUUAUAUGACCAAGUAGACAGAAUAGCCUAUGUCUAUUUUCCAUGUGUAAAAUGUGUUGCAUCUUUUUUCUGUGCUGCCUGUAGAAAUAUUACCAUAGUACUAGCAACUUCCCAUCUUCUUUUGGUUAUACAGUAACACAAGUCAUGCCAGACAUAAAAUCCAUAUUUAUAGGAUAGUGCAAAGUUGAAGUGCGAGUAUCAGUGAAAAAACUAUUUUAAAAUGAAAAAUGACCUAUUGCAAAUAAUCACCAAAGUCUGUAUUAUUGUACUUUCUAUGGAUAAUUGGGGGUGAGGAGGAGGAAAUCACUCUCUAAUUAGGGAGGAAAAUAUCUUUGUUUUUGGAAGGUUUUCUGAGCACAUCUGCUUCUUAAUUGCACUCAAAGACUAAAAACGAAAUAUGAGCAAUACAAAUUCCAAUUACUUUUAUUUACAAAUUAGAAAAAUGGAUUUUAAAGACUAGGAACAACUAGAGGGAUCUGUUAAAUGAACUUGUCUUUUUGAUAUAGCAUUGUCCUGUAUUUGUUUUGCCUGUAAUUAUAUUUUGUGUGUUUAACUUUUUUUUAAAUAUGUACUUCUCAAUUAAAUACAAAAUAAUUUAAAGUU